AUGAUAACCAAGAGCGGAGUAGGAGGAGGAGCACGUCGCCCGCUGAAGAGUGGCGGCAGCAGAGGAGGCCAUCCGAGGCCCGUCAGCAGCGGUCUAAGUUUCAGCGUGCUCGAUUUGGCCGCUAUACGGAAGUUAUUGGAAGAAGGCGAUGGCGACGAGACGUGCCCCAGCUGCGGCAUGCCUUUCGACAAGGGCAAAAAGAGAAAGCUCAUCGACUCUUGCGGACACGAACGUUGUUACGCGUGCAUGUUCCGCAACGAGGGUUGUCCGCUGUGCGCCACCGUGGCGACCGCCGAAGAAGGCUCGACAAAAGCUUCCAAGAAAUCAUUGACCGAUGAGCCGAUAUACGUGCAAAACACACGAAUCAACAGACCAAGGGUCAAGACUAACGGACACUUUUCGCCCUACGUCCAAUCGAGACAAGGUUCACAGGAACUCAGUCAUUCGCCCAGUAGGCUUCCCAGACCCAACAGGAACUUGGACGAAGUUAUGACUCAAAGCUGUCCAACUCCUCCGCAGAGCAGAAGAAAAUUUUUUCUCAGCCCGAAAACCAUACGAAACCAAUGGUCCAUGCGCAGUGGAUCCAGGUCGCCUUCGGACAACGCACUCUCCGUAAUGUCAGCGUCGACAUCAACAGUAACUUCUACGGAUCAGCGGCGAUGGUCUUCGGUGGUGUUGGGCAAGAUUAGAUCUCUGUGGUCGUUGAGAGACGAUGAAGGUGGAAACGUGAAACCGCGAGGAUCGUUGAACCAGAGGAGUUGCAACUCGGACACUCUGUACACAAGACUAGGAUUGCUGUUGUCGAGAGACAGCAAUUCCAGAUCAUUUACGGAGGACGUGUCAUUGUCGAGCAUCAACUCUAAGCCGGUGUCGAGCAAUGGGAGCCCCGUGUCCACGCUCACGGGGUCCUCGGAGACCGAACACAAAGCUAUCAAAGAACAAUCGUCUGACAGCAUCGGAUCUCUCAUGUCCAUGUCCGGACAGAGCAACGGUUCGUGUAGCCCUCUGACCAGAAGACAUUCUGUUACGACAUUACAAGCGGGCUCUGUAGACGAUUUACGUUCAUUUAGAACGAGGCGGCAGCCGACCAGGAGGUCCGCUAGAUCCGGUACGAUUAAGGGACCCAUCGAUCCCAAAGUGCGAUUCGCCCAGUACAGAACCUCCCCGCAACAACAACAGCUCCAGCUUCAGCAGCAGCAACAACAACAACUCCUCGUGCUGAAACCGCUGUUCUUCGAAGUGCCCCAACAAGAGUCAGACCCGUUGUUCCUUGGCCGUGAGUGGCUGGUCCAGGACAUUAGCAGAGCGAUGCUUCACGCCCAGUCGUCGGGCGUCGCGGUGACCGGGCUGCCAGGCACGGGCAAGACGGCGUUCGUCCUGCAGCUUGUCGAGCACAGCUGUUUCGGGCGCCUGAAAUUGAAUGUGUCCGACGUGAACGCGUCUCAGUCAUCGAUAGUUUCUGAGGACGUCAAAUCCCUGGCCUCGCGAGUGGUCGCUUACCACUUCUGCCAAGCCGAUAACAACAGCACGUGCCUCAUACCCGAAUUCGUUCACUCUCUGGCGGCCCAGCUGUGCCAAGCACCCCAGUUGAACAUGUACCGACAACACGUGUUGACAGAACUCAACCUUCAGGAUUCGCUGUCGAUGCGUGAGUGCAUCGUAGAUCCCGACGCGGCAUUCACGAGAGGUGUCCUGGAACCGUUGAGCGCACUCAGUCGACUGGCCAACACGAUCGGCACUGGUGGUCUAGUGAUCGUCAUCGAUGGCUUGUGCGAAGCCGAAUAUCACCGGCCCGAUCACGGAGACACGAUCGCUUCGUUUUUAGUGAAGCACAUGCCGAAGUUUCCGGCUUGGCUCAAAGUCAUCGCCACAUUGAGAACCAACUUGGAAGACGCGUUACCACCGUUGCCGUUGACAAAAAUUUGUGUGGACGUAAUCUCUGCGAAUAAAGAAAAUGUGAUAAAAGACAUGAUGGACUACAUCAGUUUCCGAGUUACCAACAGCGCCAGUAUUCAGAACAAUUUGAUAGCCGGCACAACGGGACAGCUGAAGUUCUGCCAACACUUGCAAGCCGCCAGCGACGGGUCGUUUCUUUUCGCCAAACUCACCUUGGACCUGAUCGAAAGGGGUCAUCUGGUGGCCAAGUCCCAAAGCUUCAAAGUGUUGCCGGUCACGCUGGCUCAGAUAUAUCAGCUCCAUUUCAACCUUAGGUUCCCGACGACCAGCUCGUUCGAAAAGGUCGCUGACAUUUUGAGCGUAUGCCUCGCUGCGCUCUACCCGUUGACGAUUUUGGAAAUUUACUAUUCUGUUAACUCUCUGAACGUCGACGAAUUCGUUUCGUGGGAAGCGUUCUUGCAGAGGUUUAAGUUGAUUUCGGGACUGCUCAUAAAACGACUGGACAACACUUAUAUGUUCUUCCACCCAUCGUUCAGAGAAUGGCUUAUGAGACGCGAAGACAGCGAGUCGAAGAAGUUCGUGUGUGAUUUAAGAAACGGACAUUCGGGAAUCGCCUUACGGUUUUCAAGACUCCAGGCGCCGCUGGACAGCGAGAAGACUCUGGAACUGGGCCAUCACAUCCUGAAAGCCCAUCUGUACAAGAACGUGACACUGCGACCUCUGGAUGGCGCGUCGUCCAGGGACCUGCAGGCCAAUUGGUUGGCGUCCGUGUCGAGCAGCGUGUCGUCCGCCUUGUGCUCCAUGCGCAACACGUAUGCGCCGAACGUCAAAGUGUCAAGGCUGCUGUUGCUCGCGGGCGCUUCGCCGGACGUCCGGACGGACAUGCUGGGACGGGCGCCGGCCAUUUGCGUUUACGCUCACGAGGGCGUCUACGACAUGGUGGCGGUGCUGUUGGAGUUCGGUGCCUCUGUGAACGUGUCCAACAGCCAAGGACGGACGCCGCUGUGGAUGGCCGCCAGCCGGGGUCACAUCGAUGUGGUCAAACUGCUGAUCGAGGCCGGAGCGUCGCCCGGGCUCACGGAUUCGGCUGGCAGGUGCCCGCUAGUAGAAGCCGCAAAAAAUGGCCGUUUCAACGUAGUGGCAUUCCUGUCGGGCUGUGAGUGGACCGUAACUGACCCUAGAUCGGAAGUCGACCACGCAGAUGCCUCGCAGCAGGCCCUGGUCCAAGCAUCUGGAUGCGGGGUGGACGACGUCGUCGAAUAUCUGCUAGACGUGGCUGAGGUCACCGUGGACGGGCAGGACAGCCUGUCGGGAGAGACGGCUCUGACUCUAGCAUCGUCCAAUGGUCACAAGUCUACUGUGGCACUGUUGAUCGACCGUGGCGCCCAGGUGUCAUCAGCUAACGUGAAGUGUAUGAACGCCCUGGCACUGGCUGCUCGUGACGGCCAAUGGGAAGUGGUCGAGACUCUAUUGCACAGUGGCACCCACGUUGAUAUUGUCGACUCUGAACAAAGGACGCCAUUAAUGAUGGCCGCGUCCGAGGACCAUUCGGGUAUCGUUGAACUUCUCCUCGACAAUGGUGCUGAUUUGAGUGCUGAAGAUCGCCAGGGACAGACUUCAUUGAGUUGGGCUUGUCUGAAAGGACGAGUAGCUAUUGCACAAUAUCUACUAGAUCGCGGAGCACCCAUCGAUCAUGCAGAUAAGUCAGGAAAAACUGCUCUUGAUUUAGCAACUUUAAACGGAAAUCCGGCCUUAGUACAGCUUUUAUUAGAAAAAGGUGCAUUGAUUGAACAUGUCGACCUUUAUGGAAUGCGUCCUUUAGACAGAGCAAUCAGUUGUCGAAAUGUACCAGUGGUGCAAAACUUUUUGAGAAGAGGUGCUAAGCUUGGCCCGACAACAUGGAAUAUGGCAUCAGGAAAACCAGAUAUAAUGUUGGUUUUGCUCAACAAGCUUUUGGAAGAUGGAAACACAUUGUACAGAAAAGGAAGAUUAAAGGAGGCCGCCUAUAGAUACACGUAUGCUCUGAACAAAUUUCCACCAGAAAACGAACUAGACUCGACGUUUAAACAACUUCAGAUUAACUUCUAUCUGAACACUUCACGCUGCAAAAGGAAGUUGAACGAAGUCCACGAGUCAGUUGAGUUUGCAGAAAAAGUAUUGAAAAUGAAACCAACAUCGUUUGAAGCGUAUUACGCCAGGGCCAAAGCUCUAAAAGACCUGAGGAGAUAUGAUGAUGCAUUAACAGACAUUCAAGAAGCUGUGAGACUGGUACCGUCUGGAAAUUCAGACAUUAGACAUGUUCUGUUCAGACUCAAGGAUGACAUACAAAGCAAAUUAGCUUUGGACCAUACUGCACUCAAUCAAGAGAUCGCUGGACCUUCCUACCUCUGA